UUUACGAAUAUGUGGCACAUUUGUAGUGCAACAACAAUGCAAAUUAACUUGGCAUUCAUUUGAACAAUUUUAACAUGCAGUCGGGUGUAUAACAUUGAAGCCACCUCGAGUCGAUCGUACUUCCUUUAUAGUUUUCAAGUAUAGUAGUCGUCCUGUCCUACCCUGUGUGAGGUAUGGAUGCUACUCAGAGGAUCUGUGACUCAAUAUUGGAGUCAGAUGAGGAGGAUCAUGAAGAUGAGAGUGAAAACAAGAGGGGACGACCAUUGGCUAAACUGUGUAUCUUAAAAAAUGCACACAUACCUGAGACAGAGGUUCCCCUCUUUUUGGGAGAAAACGUCCUGGGCCGUGACCCCUACACCUGCGCCGUGCCCCUGAUAGCACCCUCAAUUUCAAAGCAGCACGCCACCAUCUGCCUCUCAGUCUACAGGAAAAGAGGACGUCACAGUGAAGUGGACAUAGAGGCUUUGGUUUGGGACCAAGGGAGCAUGAAUGGGACCCGCAAGGGCCAAAUGAAGCUGACACCUAACGUACGCUAUGCCCUCAGCGAACGUGACAGCUUGGUGGUGGCAGACAUCCCAUGUCAGUAUGUGAGAUGCGCUGAAGAUGCAGUUUCCUCUCAAGGGGACGCAAGGACUCCUGUGAGCAGACAUUCAGGGGUAAAGGCCACGCUGCUACAUGCCACAAGCACAGGCGGCAAGAAAUAUGUCAACGGUGGUACAGGAGCUAGGGUGUCAUUACCUGAUCAGGAGGACGCCAUGAAGACCCCUGGCGUAACCACUGUUCUGUCCUUUGAGCAAACCCCAACCUACCCAGAAGGGAGCCUGGUCCCAGAGUCUGACUCGGACGGAGAAAGAGGGGAAAGAAGGCGCAAAGCAAUAGUGUCCGAUUCUGACUCCCAUGAAUCCAGUCCCAGAUGUUCAACAUUCCUGAGUCCCACAAACAAAACUGUUCCUGAAAGUGAGGAUGAAAGUCCCAUCACACCGUCCUCCUCCACUAAAAAUAGGCCUCACAGACAUGUCGGCUUCAGCCUCGAGGAGACAGACAUGGAUGCGGGGCGACAGCAGCUGAAUAACAAAAAGACAGUUGAGACUGUGGACGAUAGUGCAGAGGAGGAACACAGGGAGGAAGAAAGAACAGCACUGGGAGGGACAAAGUCUGAAGAAAGUGAACAACAUGUGCCAGUGAAAACGGGAAGCAAUGUCAGUCUCUCAGGAGAAGAUGAAUUGCCUGAAUCCACACCAUCAGUCUUCACAGAUCCGAUCCCUGUGUUUGACAUGGACAAUGACACUGAUGUGGAGGGAGAGGAGGAGGAGGAGGAGGGGGUAAUAUCUGCAUGUCCUGUGACCUUGACUACAAACCAACAAGCUGAUCAGCCCCCAGACACAGCCCAGUUUCACAUGGACAGUGAUACAGAUGUGGAUGAGGACGAUGAUGCCUGCUUAGACCAAGUUCCCAAAAGUUUGCCUUCCUCUGCUGACCUCAACAAACCUCAUGUGAUUUCAGUUAUUCAGCCAGAAGGCGUCACUAUGGACAGUGACACUGAUGUGGAUGAUGAUGCAAUGUCAGACGCUGCAACAAAUGCAAAACCCCCGUCACUUCAGAGCACACAAACAGCUGACUCUGCUUUUUCAACGCAGGUGGAAAAUGUCCACCUAGACAGUGACACAGAUGAGGAUGAAGAAAUGGAACGUGGAACAAAUAAUAAAUACCCUGAAAUAGAUGAAACUCCCACUAGAUUAGAUAUUAGGCCUGACUCUAACCCCGCCGCGCCUGACAGCCUGCAACUAGACAGCGAUACAGAUGAUGAAGCUAUUCCUGCACCAGCACUCAGUGAACCCUCUUCUCUCACAGAAUCAUGCACCACUGCACAACCAGGAGAAGAUUUGGAUAUUCUGUCCGACAGCGACACAGAUGUGGAAGAAGAUUCUCCUCUGUUCAUAGCUCUUGUUGUCUCAGACGUAUCAGUGGAUCCUGGUACAACGUCAGAUGAUGCAGAUCCAGAUGUUGAUGAAUCCGUCGUGCCACCUGCUGGGGACGCAGCUGACCUUAAAGAGGACAGUGACACAGAUGUGGAGGAUGCAGCUGAGGGCCAGAUUCCCAGCCUGCAGAGAGAGAUCACCCCUGGGCUGCUGGCUCCUCUACAGCAGAACUGCUCCACACCUGUACCCCUAACAGAGAGAGGACUGGAAGAUAUGGAUACUCAGGCUUUCAUCAGUCCCUCUCCGGUUCCAUAUAGACGUGCCGUAGCCCCUAUAGUAUUGUCUGCCAGCUCAGGGCGUCAGGAGGAUGAGGACUUUGUCGUGGCCGAGACGCAGUCCUUUGUUCUUCAGACCAGAGAGCGUCAGGGAAACCCUCCACAGGACCCCGGCCAGGCUUUUCCCCUGGAGUCUUCUGGUGAUGAGAGAGGAGAGCAGUCCAGCAGAGAAGCGUCUUUCCAGUUCGGACUGUCGGACAGCAAACAUCUGCAGGGUCAGGCUCUAGCUAUGGAGGACACUCAAGCUUUUGUGGGCGGGGGUGUGAGUGUGAGUAUGGAAGACACCCAGGCAUAUGCAGCCGUCUCAAACGCUGACAGAACCUCCUUGGAGAAUGAUCCGAAUCUGGAGGCUACACCGGCCUAUGGGAAGGAAGCAGAGCCUGCCAGAUGUUCAGAAAUGUCUGCAAAAGAGAGUCAGGUGGAUUCUGACCUCGAAGACACACAGGAAUUUAUUACAAUGCCAGACAGCGAUUCAGAGGAUGACACUGAUGAUGAUGAGUCAAGAAACACUGCUACUGCUGACACUCAGGCUUUCAAUGUGCCCACGUCUUCUACUCUUGCAAUGGCUGAAACCCAACUAAUGCCUGUCUUUGAGGAAGACGAGAGUUCAGAUGAAGAAAAUCUAUUUUCCUCUGUACUACAGGUUAAGCGAGAAGAGGGGGAAGAAGAUGGAGAGGCAGAUCAACCUCAGAAGAAGCAUCACAGUGAAGCUCUGUCUGUAGCUGAAACCCAGCCCAUGGCUACAAGUGGAAAUGAGGAAAGUGAUGAUGAGGAAAGUGAUGAUGAAGACUUGAUUGCAGGUCCACGCAAAAGAAAAGCGAAGCCACUGCAGCUUGACGAGGAACAGACACAAACGCUCUCAAACUCUGAGUUGUCUCUUGAAGCCCAGCCUAUGCACAUGGGUGUUUCUGAAACCCAGCCCAUGGCUACAAGUGGAAAUGAGGAAAGUGAUGAUGAGGAAAGUGAUGAUGAAGACUCGAUGCCAGGUCCACGCAAAAGAAAAGCGAAGCCGCUGCAGCUUGACGACGAGGAGACACAAACGCUCACAAACUCUGAGCUCUCUGCUGUCCAAACUCAGCCCACGGAUGGAAAUGAAGAGGGUGAAAGUGAUGAAGAGGAGACUCAGCCCCUCGCUAGUUCUUCUGACGUCCCUGCUGUUGAAACCCAGCCCGUGGUUGCUGGAGAAGAUGAAGAAAUUGAUGAUGAGGAGGACUCAAUUCUGCGUCCACGAAAAGGAAAAGCGAAGCCGCUGCAAAUUCAAAAAGAGGGAACGCAAGCGCUCACAAAUUCAGAGGAAAGGGAAGAUCAAUCAGAGAGGGAGAGAAAGACAGAAAGGGAAGAACAAGAGAGAUUAGAGAGUGAAAAGACAGAAAGGGAAGAGACGGAAAGAUUGGAGAGAGAGAGAAUAGAAAGGGAAGAGAUGGAAAGAUUGGAGAGAGAGAGAAUAGAAAGGGAAGAGAUGGAAAGAUUGGAGAGAAUAGAAAGGGAAGAGAUGGAAAGAUUGGAGAGAGAGAGAAUAGAAAGGGAAGAGAUGGAAAGAUUGGAGAGAGAGAGAAUAGAAAGGGAAGAGAGGGAAGAGAUGGAAAGAUUGGAGAGAGAGAGAAAAGAAAGGGAAGAGAUGGAAAGAUUGGAGAGAGAGAGAAUAGAAAGGGAAGAGAUGGAAAGAUUGGAGAGAGAGAGAAUAGAAAGGGAAGAGACGGAAAGAUUGGAGAGAGAGAGAAUAGAAAGGGAAGGGAUGGAAAGAUUGGAGAAGAAAGAGAAAUUGGAGGUAGCGAAAAGGGAACUAGGAGAGAGACUUGAGAGGGAGAGGAUUGAACAGGAACACCAGGCAAAACUGGAGAGGGAAGCAAAGGAAAAGGAAGAAGAGAAGCAGGAAGAAGAGAAGCAGGAAGAAGAAGAGAAGAAGAAGUCCAAAACCCCAGCGAGAAGCCGAAGAGCCCCCAGAGCACGGACUGCUGCCCCGUGUUCAGCAGAAGCAGAAGCAGACUCCAGAGCAGCCAAUGACGACGUCCCAGCCAGGAGAACCAGAUCUCGCUCCAACUCUUCCAACUCCGUCAGCUCAGAGAGGUCCGCUUCAAGUGUGAGCACCCAGGGGGGCCGGGGGAGAGGCCGGGGGAGAGGCCGGGGGAGAGGCCGGGGGGCCAAGAGGGGCAGCAGCAGUGCACCCCCCCCAGCAGCCAGCACCAGAGGUACCAACAGGAGGAGCAGGAGCACGGCGGCAACACAACAGGACACGAAUGAUGCUCCUCCUCCAGUCCUCCAGUCCAGCAAGGUGUCCAGCUGCAGCGUGAGCUCUCAGAGCAGAGGAGAAGGAAGACGAGGAGGACGAGGAGGAGGCAGGCAGCGAGGAAGAGGAAGAGAAACUGAGCCCAUCCCUGCUAUCAAUAUUCAGAGUGAACAAAUAGUGGAUCCCACACCUGCAGCCAGAGGCAGGACGAGCAGGAGAGGAGAGGAGCUUCCCCAGGAGGACCAAACUGAUAAAGCAGACCCUCAGCAGGCCCCGACCACAAGAGGGCGACGGAGAGCUAAUGCCUCAGAGCCUAACGCUGCAGAAAAGCAAGACACCUCAAGUCAGGAGUGUGCCAGUGGAGAAUCACCUCUGCCUAAAAGGACUGUGAGGGGAAGAGCGGUAAAGAGUGAGACUGUGGAGGCACCAGUAGCUCCUGCAGUCAGUGAGGGAGAUAAAGAGUCGAGGAAAGGGAGAAAAAGGGACUUGGAGGAGGCCGAUACAGAAGAGGCCUCCAGCAGUAGCCACAAAGUGUUCAAAGGGAAGGAGGAAGCCCACACGCCAGAGGAAGCAGGUGACACGAAAGAGGAGAUUCCAGUGCCAGCUAAGAGAAGAGGUCGAGCAUCCACCGCUCAAACCAACAAGAUCGCAGGUGUUCCCUCCGCUGAAGUGGAGGGAAGGGAAGAGAGUGAGACAGUAGAGCAGGUAACUGUUAAGAAGAGAGGCAGAGGGCGGCCAUCAGCGGCUCAGAAAAAGAUGAAGCAGGAAGAAAGUGGAUUAUCUGUGGAGGCAUCAGAGCCCCAGACUCCCACCCGGAAGCGACAGGCUCCUGCCGACUCGUCACCUGUGGCAAAGACCCCUCGCUCCUCCUCUGCUUCCCCCGGUGGUCGAUUACGAUCCGUCAGCCAUGCCUAUAAGGUGCUGUUCACCGGCGUGGUGGAUGAAGAAGGGGAGAGGGUGUUGGCUCGUCUGGGAGGCAACAUGGCCAAAGACGUGGCCGACAUGAACUGUCUGGUGACCGACAAGGUGCGCAGGACCGUCAAGUUCCUGUGUGCCGUGGCUAAAGGCAUCCCCAUCGUCACCACACACUGGCUAGAUAAGAGUUGCAAGGCCGGGAGCUUCCUGUCUCCUAACACAUUUGUUGUGAAGGAUCCGGAGCAGGAGAAGAAGUUCAGUUUCUGCCUGCAGGAGUCUCUGAGGAUCGCCAGCAGUCUGCCUCUCUUACAGGGUUAUCAAAUCCAUGUGACCAAGUCCGUGGAACCCGAGCCGGUUCAAAUGAAGGAUAUUAUCUUCUGCAGUGGAGCCACCUUCCUACCUAAGAUGCCCUCUUCUCCCAAGCCGCAGACUGUCGUGAUUUCCUGCGAGCAGGACCUGUCUCUGUGCGGCCCGGCACUCUCUGCCUCUCUUCCAGUCGUCACUGCUGAGUUCCUCCUCACUGGCAUCCUUCAGCAGAGACUUGACCUUCAAACCCACAGACUCUCAGCCCCUGCACAUUCCCUUCAGCCGGCAGGAGGCAGGAGAAGGGGCAAGAAGAAGAGUUAGCACCACAGGGGGGUGCUGUGAAUAAAAAAAACACCAUGUAGGAAAUCAUUACUCGUAGAUUCCCUUUCAAAUCAGAGGCCGUAGAAACACUGUUUGUCUAAGGACUUGAAUGUAUUGUAACAAAAUGUUGAAACAUUCUUUUACAUUUGAAGCUUUCUAUUUUUGUGAGAGAGCGAUUAAAGUAACUUAAUUUAGUCUGUAGUGUUUACCAUUUUCAUGUUUAAAAUAUAUUUUCUUGUCUAACAUAACAAUUGCAAGAGCUUAACAUGAUGUUGCUGCUAUGUAAGGUGGGAAAUAAUAACCCAUCAGCCGUUCUUAUCACGUUCCCCAUCUCUCAUCUGUUCUUGCUCCUCCCCUUUCUUGGUACGAAGAUAACAAGCAGGCUUAUUGUCGCUACUCUCUAUACCUGCUAAGUGCUUCUCAAUCAGCCGGUUUGGCAGGUAACCGCAACGAAGCAGGAGAUUUAUAUUCAUGUUUGGGUGGAGGGCUAGUGGAAGCGAUGGGGGUCAGAAAAAGGCUUGUUUCCAGUACCUGAUAAGAAGUGCAUAGUGCCUUUUUAUACCGAGCUAAUCGUGAACUUACCAGUGAGCCUUGUUCCUCUUUCUCCAUUAACCAUCACCAGCUACUCCAUUAAGGCUUCAAUCAAUCCCAUUACCUCCAGCCAUGAGACGCGAUUUAUAGGCACCUGAAUGCUGAUGCUGCUUCUACAUCAAUAUCUUAUGGACAUGCGUGUAUCUAUGUAUAAAUGUUAAAAAAAAGACUUGUAUACAGAACACUUGGUUUCUGUCACACAGGAAAUGUUUAAACAUGUUUGUAUGUCAGUAUUACCAAUGACAACAUUAAAUAUCUUUUGUAUAGUGACUUUAUACGUAAUCUGCA